UGUUUUCAUUGAAACAGAUCUAUAAAUAUAUAACAAAAUAAAGUUUUCUUUCCCAUUGAAAAAGUUUUGCAACUUUAUUACCAAAAUUCUACACAAUGGAAUGGAGCUAUAGAUGCAUAGAGGUAGGGGCCAUUCCUUUAUAAGUGGAAAAGUGGAAUGCAACAUAGUCAAACAGUGACAGCUUCAUACCAUUCAAAUUCAUUCUUAGUCUUUUCAUAGAUACAUACUCCUCAACAACUUCUCAGCCACACUCAUUCCUCAUUCAAUUUCUUCAAUCUUCCUUACACCUAAAUAACAAUUCAACCACUUUCCUUACUAGUUAGCACUAGUAUUUGUGUAUUAUACACCAAAUGUCUCUAUAGAAUUUUAGUAGUAAAAGGAACAAAAUCAAUGCUACCACAGUAUUCUUGUUAGGUGCUGUUUUUGUUGUUCAAUCUUAUCAAUACCUGUUUCUGUUUUCUCUGCUUCUCUGUUCAAUUUUAAUGCAACCCUUUCUUAACUUUCUUUGUCUACCUAAGUAAAAAACCUUUAACCCAUUCUUUUCACUUUUGCUCAGAUUCGUUUUUCUAUAAAUUCUGUUGAGGGAAUUAAUAACCCCGUCUGAGGUUUUUUGGGAACAACAUCAUCAUCGUUACUUGGAGCACUUUUUUCCCCUUUAAAAGUUUUAUCCCCAUUCAUUCUUGUUAUAAGGCACAAGCACAACAGACACACUAGAAAACGAUCACUUUUGUUUUGAUUUAAGAAACCAAAAAAUGGAUGAAUAUUGUAAGAGAAGUGGACAAAUACCAGCUUUUGGAAACUGGGAUAUCGCAAACGAGUUACCAAUAACUCGGUAUUUUGAGAAUGCCAGACAAGCUGGUUUGAUUCGUUACAGUUCUUCAUCUGGUGAAACUGAUUCAUACUUGCGUGGAGAUGAACACGACCUCUACGCUGUUCAAAAGGAGACGAGGAACAGAGAAACAGCAAUGAGAAAACAGGGGAAAGUGUACAAUGUAACGGAAUAUCCAAGGAAGGCAGUGAACAAAAAGAAGAAGACAUUACAUGUAAACGACGUCGUUUGUAAGGCUCCUUUACCAACCAGACUUCCAAAACCAGUGGAUGAAGAUCUCUACAAAAUCUCUCCAGAACUCCUUCGCACAACCAAACGAAAGAAAAUGUUUGGUUUCAUUUCCAUGUGUCUGCUGCCUACUGCAUGUGUUUCAUGACCAAUCAAUUACGUUGCCGACAAACGUCAAGGAAGGUUUUUUAUUUUUAGGUUUUUUUUGUUAGUUAUGUUGCUGGCUUUGUAAUGCUUGUUUUCUUGUGCACUCAAAGCUGGAUGACUUUUUAUUUGUAUGAUCAGCUGAAUGUAUUAUAUAACUCAUUGUUGUCUUAAAUUUAAUUACUACUACUACUUUCUAAUUGGAUGUCAUGAGUUUGACUGCACUCUUUAAAAGAGUGGUGCUA